AUGCAGACCAGGAAUGAGCAGCUGGCAAGUACCUUAGCACGUUGCUGUUGCAACGAGGCUGAUACAGCCAAAACAAUGAAAAGUCGCACUUGGAGCACUCAUGAAUUGACCGCCGGUCUGACCAACCUCCUUGAAGCCAACUCACUGGAUUUGCCAGACGACUUGAGCCAGCUCAAGGAAUUGGAAGCGACUUUAGCGAAUUUGGAAGCAGCUCAGGCAAGCCCUCAAGCUUCGCGUCCUAAAGAGCCGCCGCAAGUGGAACCUGCUGAGGAACUUGAGACGCAACCAGCAACAGAGAGCCAGGUUCGCCAGCGAGUGAUUGAGAUGUUCAAGAGCGGCCAACUUGACGCGUCUACUGCUAUGCAACUCUUGGCGCAGUCAGCUGAUCCCGCACCGGUGUCUUCUGAGGUGGCAGGUAGUUCCAAGAAAAGCAGUGUUCCCGAACCAGAUCAAACACAAGAUGAUGAUGAUGAGUUAGAUGAAGCCCUAGAUGAAGUCACGCAAGAUGAUGGAACCAAACUUGACAGCAAAGCGAAAGCGGCUUUGAAAGCAAAGCUGCGCAGGUUGUGUGAAAAGAAGUCAGGAGACAGGUUGAUGGUUCCCGAGUGGUUGCACAAGAAGUGGAAGGAGGGUAACCAUAUGGCUUUGGCACUUGAGCUGCAGAAAUGCAACUUCGAUAAGGACAAGUUCAUCAAGAGUUGUGAGAAGACAUACACCGAGAUUGACAGCAAAAAACACAAGAUUUUCGGUGGCUACUACACGCGUGAGACCAUGAAAACCAAGUUGAAGUGGAACCAGAAGAAAAUCGAGGGUGCAAUCAAGCUAUGCGAAGAGGAUGCCUCAGGUGAACUUGUGAGGAACUGCAAGUACAGUGGCGAGCCAGAGUACUGGGUGGACACAGACGAAGUUGGGGAAAGGGGGCAAGAGCGGGAGUACAAGAAACAGCGAAAGGACACUGAGAAAACUCCCAUUGAGAAGCCUGACCAAUCCCGAAUUACGUCUAUGGCAUCCCGUGCAAUUCGUUCCAAGUCGGUUUUGUCCAAGUUCUGCGAAAGCAUUUUGCAGAAGUCUGCAAAGAUCCGCUCCCUAGUGCAAGACCUUCAGAAAAACUAUGCCGAUCCAGCGGCCAUGAAGUCUAUUGAAGCUCUACAGCGUGAUCUUGUGGCGCUGGAGUCCUGCUACAACCAGUGUUCGGAGUUGCUGGCACAGGGAGAGGCCAAGGACUUCAACAAAGAUUGGUCUCAGCAAUCCGAGAAGAUGAUGAAGGAUUGCACUUUGACGUGCCUUGGGUGCAAAAUGAACUGCCAUUGA